CUAGCCGCCAGCAUGAAUCGAAGAAGCUUGAACUCUCCCUUCCUAUCCCCGGAAAGCGAGGUGCAGCGUUCUCCCCGUGAGCUAAGGCCGAUUUCGGCGACCUGCAUCCUUAUUACCACAAAUGGCAUCGAAAGCUGAACUAGCCUGCGUCUAUUCUGCGCUCAUCCUCUGCGAUGACGAUGUUGCCGUUACCGCUGAGAAGAUGGCUACCAUCCUGAAGGCAGCCAAUGUUACUAUAGAACCCUAUUGGCCUGCUGCUGCAGAAGCCAAGAAGGAAGAGGCAAAGGAUGAAUCUGAGUCUGAUGAAGACAUGGGAUUCGUUAAAGAUGACAAGGGGAUCCCAACCAUUGAGAAGAUUCUUUCUACAGACAAACCUGAGGAUGGGGUUGAUCCAUUUGAGGAAACACGUCGAUCAGCUCUAGAUCAGGCAUUGCGGGAGUAUCUCCUCAGACUUCUAACAAAGAGUGAAGAUGAGAUCAAGGAAAUAGUGUCAUGGAGCAUUGAUCUGGGAAAGCAGGGUCUUUGCACUGCUUCCAUGCCCUCUGUGCUCCUCUCCGAUGCCCUUGAAAUGCUCCCAAUUGACCAGUGUGAAUCACUCUUUUCCAUCUUGGAAGAGAAAGUGGAAGUGUGGAAGCUAGAGCCAUUCUUCAGUGCCUGCAAGAACAAUCUCCUCAGACUCUGCAAUGAUUUAUUGCGCCGACUGUCAAAGAGCCAGAACACUGUCUUCUGUGGUCGCAUCCUCCUCUUUCUGGCAAAAUUCUUCCCCUUCAGUGAACGAUCAGGUUUGAACAUUAUUGGGGAGUUCAAUUUGGAAAAUUUGACUGCUUAUGGAGAUGAUUCAAGAGAUGAUGGGGAACUGGUUGCCAUGGAAACCAAUGGAGAAGCACAUGAAGACACAAAGCCUCAGAAUGUGGUGAGUUUUAAUCUAUACUGCAAGUUUUGGGCGCUUCAAGAUUUCUUCCGGAACCCAGCUCAAUGUUACAACAGGCUCCCUUGGAAGAAGUUUGUCCAGCACACUAACGAGGUUCUUGAAGCACUGGGAAGCAUGCGAUUGGAUGUGCAGCAUUUCCGCCACACAUCUGAUGCUCCUCAGAACUAUUUCCCCAAAUACUUGACCAAUGGGAAGUUGUUGGAUCUGCAGCUAAAUGAUGGGAAGUUCCGCCGCUAUGUGCUUGUCCAGUUCAUCAUCAUCUUUCACUAUCUUCAGAGUCCUGUGAAGUUCAAGAAUGAAAAGCAGCUGCUGACAGAUGAGCAGGUUGAGUGGGUGAAGCAGACAACAGAGAAGAUAUACAAGCUCAUUGCAGAAACCCCUCCAGAAGGUGAAAAGUUCCUUCAGUCUGUCAAGCACUUCAUCAAGAGAGAGGAUUUGUGGAAUUCAUGGAAGAAUGAUGGCUGCCCUAAGCUUCAGCCUCCAACUGCAAAGGUUUCUGAGAGUGAUCAAAAAAAGACUACAAAUGCAGAUGCAAGCAAUUUGUCUCCAGGAAAGGAACACAAACGUCUCAAGCGACCAAGGCGACCCCUUGGUGAUCAGAUCAAAGAUGCUGUUGCCCGAAAAAAAUUCAACCUUGGCAACCCUGCUUUGACACGUCUCUGGAACUUGAACCCCGAUAAUCUGGCUGGAUGUCGUUCCCAGGACCGGAAAUUUGUUCCAUCCAUGGAGGACUACUUUGCUGAAGCCAUUGAGCAACUUAAUCCUAAGGCACAGAUUGAACCUCAGUAUAAGAAGGUGAACAAUGCAGACUUUCAGUGGCGAGCCCUUCGUCUUCUUGCUGCCCAGAGUCCACACUUCUUCAUGCAGAAUCAACUGAUCUUCCCCAGCAAAGAGUUUCUUGAAAUGACUCUCCAGAAGGUGGCCAAAGAACUUCCUCGCUUCCAACAUCAAGAAGAUGAUGAUGAUGAAGAGGAAGAGGAGCAAGAGAUGGAGGAAGAGGAUACAGAGGAUGCUAAGAAGUUGAAACCAGAGGAAGAGAAGACAGUGGAAGGGGGGAAUCCUUCUCGGGUCACUUUGGUUGAUGAUGGAAUCAUAGGGAAAUUGGCUCCUGUCCUUGGCAACAACUGGAAGGUGCUGGCCAAAAAACUUGGCAUGAAGGAUGAUGAGAUUGAGUAUUUUGAGAACCAGAAGCCUGAUUCAGCAACAGAGCAGGCAGAGGCAAUGCUGAAGACAUGGGUGGAUAGUGACCCAGAAGAUGCAACUGUGGAAACCCUUUAUUACUGGCUUGAGGGCCUACAGCUCUCUGAUGCCCUCAAAGCUGCUUUUCCCUCCUCAUCUUGACAUUCUUGAUGUUUAUUAUGUGUGCGUUGGUUAUUCAUUGUUGAAUGAAGUGAAUGUAAAAAUAUGAAGUACAAAUAUGAAAUAUAAGUGUUU